ACUGUCGUUGCUCUGCUGUAGACGUGUAAUUUCCCGUAGAUAAUCAUAAGCACGCUGGCUGCACUGGGCAACUAAUUUCUCUUAAAAACCCAUAGAGACUGCAGGUAUUUUUCAAAUAAGGAGUGGCGAUUGCAGAUAAAAACAUUUUAUGAACAUCGCUGACAUCGCUGAACAUCACUGACAGAGCAUGAGCUGAGCAUCAUUCCCUGAUAUAAUUUACACGACUGUCGGUGUUCUUGGAUGUGCUGAGCGGUUGCUAGGCGAGGAGAGAGCCUCAACUUGGGCAGCGGGCUUUGUGAGCGUUCGCAGAAUCCAAUACGUGCUGUAGCUGUGCAUAGCAAUCGUUUCUACGAGCAAGUUUUUAUUUAGGCCCUAGCAUAGUUUAUUUCUGUAUCAUCGUCAUCAUGUCUUCACAUCAUUGGGAGGCUGUUCGAAGGCAACGUGUUUUUGAUAAAAGAGAAGAAGCACAAAGAAGGACAGAGGAACAGAAAAAGGAACUUGCUGAAAAGAAUCGCAGGGAGCAGGAGGAGCUGGCUAAAGGAAGUCAGUCAGCAUCAUACCAUCGUCAGAUGUUGGACUCACGAGGGCAGGGUCAGUGUAAUCACCCUACAUUGGAUGAACAGAGAAGACUAGAACAUCAGGAGGUUCUUAAAGAGCACUUUCUUAGGUCAAGAUUACGCUACAACGAUACUGACUGUGCUCAGCAAUGGUAGAUACGAUUGCUACAACACAACCAAGACAACUUAAAAACAAGCUUUGUUAAUAUGUUAACAAGUGGAGAGAAAAUGACGACAUGCAAGAGAAAGAGUUGGUACUAAAGUGAAAUAAACCUGUGCAUGUUAUUAUCUAAAGCACAAUAAUGGUUAUAUUACUGAAAAGAACAUUACAGACAGAGAAAUUAUACCUGUGCACAAAUAUUGUGGACUGUUAUUCAGUGUAUGAGACGGGUUGAUUUCAGUUAGCCAAGGCUGAACAGGAUUGUUUUCAUUAAGAUGAUAUAAUACAGCCUUUAUAUUAGAUGAUGUAAACAGUAAUAAUCUUAUUCUUUUUAUCCUAAACAAAUUUUAAUAUUUCGAGUACAAAAUAUGAACCAAAUUAAGGAAAAUUGUAAAGAUAAGUUUUAAAGCAGGCCCAAACUUUAUGACUUUUUUAGUUUACAAAUAUUUACGAUCACUUGAUUAAACCCCUCAAACAAAUAUGAUUUUGAAUUUGAUAAUGAAUAUGUAAGUUUUACAAGUUUGUCACAUCAAGUUGAUUAAACUUAUUAAAAAUCAUCUCGGAAAUUAAUUUGUAUCGUAUGUUGUGUGGAAUAUUAAUGUAGAAUUCUAUGAAUAUAAUCUUCUACAUAAUUAUUGAUUGUGCCAUUUUGCAAUUGUGUGAUGAUGUUAAGAUUUUUUUGUAUUUUUUUGUCUUUUUUAAGUGGCCAGUAGUGCAUGUGGGAUAAUUGUUUUUGUUAUUUGCACCUGUCUCCUUGUAUAUCAAACUAUGCAUGAAUAGUUUCUAUUUCCUUUCAUAUAAUAAUUUCUUACCAACUAUGCAGACAAAUAUUGCAGUAUUUAUGUGGAGAUGUUUUAGAGUUAUUCUACCAUGUACAUCUAUAUGGUAAUUAUCAAGUUUUUUUGGAAUGGAUGUAGAAAAACUUUGACCUUAUUGUAAUGGUGUAUACAGUAUGUCUCUUAGUAGAAGCCUAUUUGGUUUGGUGCAGAGUAAUUUGAGGCUAUAUAUGUUUUGGUCAGGUAUGGUGUUGUGCUGGAAUUCAAAGGGGGGAACUUAUCACUUUUCUGGCAAUUUUACAAAGUGACUAAUGGAUCUAUGGCUAUAAUUACUCACAAAACAGUAUUGUAUUCAAUAAUCUUAUGCACUCAUAUGCCUGGUAUCUACAUCAUGUACUUUAUGUAAAGUUGCUUGCACCCCAGGUGUAUUAUGCAGUCACAUGUGUAUGAAAUAAGGUAACUUUGCUUUAAAAAUAAAAAAUUCUAGAGUCAUUGAAAAUUAUCUUAGAUACAUGUAGACGGCAGGUGCAAUUGCAUGAUAUGAAUGGUAGCCUUCCAUGAUACUUGUUGGCUGCAUAACCCAGAAGUAAUAAAUGGGUUAAAGAAUGAUCGAUCAAUACAAAUACAUAUUUUUCUUUGAGUUUGAAAUAUUUAAAUGAAGAUUUCACAAGGCAAAGUUAUUUAGUAGUCCAGCUCGUGCUAAUGAAAUUUGAAUUAAUUUAUCAGCAUAUAAUGAUAGCAAUAAAAUGAAAUUAAGAUUUUUACAAAAAAUUGAUAGAGUGUCAGUGCUACAUAUAUAUGCAACUAUGAAUUUACAUUUUGAUGUUAUGCUAUGUGUAAUCGCUACCUAUAUUCCGUCCAUCUUUGUGCAUUAUUUGUCAUAUGUUCACAAUUAUUUUUGUUGUUGCCAUUCUGUAUUUGAUUGUUCAUUUUUUUGACAUGUACCGGUAAUCAUUUUCUGAAUCUUGUAUCAUUGAUGCCUUAUGCCGUUGCACAAUGAGUUAUUUGGUCAGUUAUCAACUAAGGCAUAUCUUUCCUUUAGCUUGUCAAUCUUAUUGGAAAUUCUAUUGGUGACCGACGGUCUUCUCUCCAAUUUUGAGUGAUUAUCUCUUGAGAUGUCAUAGGUUGUGUUCAGGGACCCGUUUCACAAAGGUCUUUUCAAUGACAAAUUACAGAAAUCAGUGUCUAAUCUGCUGCUAACCAAUCAGAAGCAAGGAUUUCACUAGCUUUUAACAGAAACGGUCAUUUGUCAUUGAUGACAAGUUUUGUGAAAUGGGGCCCUGGAUGAACAAGAGCUGAUAUGAAGGGAAACGGGACAACGCCGCCAACAUACCAUUAAUUGAGUAAUUGAUCGAUGCAUUCAUUCAUUCAAUCAUUGAUUUAAACAUUCAGUCUUUCUUCUUUCUUUUUUUGGAGGGAGGGGGGGGGGGGGUCAUAUGUUCAAUACAUGUAAAAUAGGCCUAUACGGAACAUUUUUGGUACAUGCCCAAUAAUUUAAAUGUUUUUACAUACAUUUUGCAGAGCAUACCCCUAGCCUCACGACAAAGUAGGUAACUGAUGGGCGACUCGAUGCCCAUGACAAGUUUAAUGGCAUAUCCUCACUGUUGUCUUUUUUCCUUCAUUUUUCAAACUUCUUUAGUUUAUAUCUUUCUCACUCAUUUCUAAUGCAAAAACUAUCAUAUUAUAAUUGUCGUUUGAAUUGAUGUCAAUUUCAAGAUAUAUGCAGUAUACUGGAAAUGGGUAAUAAAUGUAUUUGUGUAUGUAUACUACAACA